GAUGUGCUGCAGUCCACAAGGUCACAAAGAGUCUGCCACCACUUAGCAACUGGACAACAAACAACAACAAUGGCUGCAAUUAUUCUAAAUUGGAGGAAGAUUAUAAACUUACAGAUCAUGGAAAUUUAAUGAAUCCCAAGCACAAGAAGCAUGAAGAAAAUAUUGCCAAGGCACAUCAUAAUCAAAGGGCUUAAAACCAGUGAUAAGGAGAAAAAUCUUUGUAUUGGGGGUGGAGGAUGAGGGUGGGGAGGGGAGACCUGUUAUGUACAAAAGGACAAAAGUAAGAACCACAGCAGAAUUCUGUUUAGAAACAGGGCAAGCAAGAAACAGUAUAGCAGUGUCUUUGAAGAACCAAAAGAAAACAGGCUCAUUGAAGAGGAGUCUGAGCAAACUCCAGGAGAGAGUGACAGACGGGUAGCCUGGAAUGCUGCCGUCCGUGGUGUGGCAAAGCAUUGGACACGACCUAGUGGCUGAAUGACAGAACUAUAUAUAUCCAGUGAAAUACAUUUCAAAAAUUCAGGCAAAAUAAACAUUUAAAGACAUAUGAAAGAAUUCAUCACAGAUCUAUACUUCAGAAUAUUAAAGGAAAUCCUUCAGGAGGGGGGAAAUGAUACCAGAUGAAAAUCUGAAUCAGUCAAAGGAUUGAACAGCACUGGAACUGGUAGAUAUAUGGGUAAAAAUAAGUGACUGCAGCUCGGUAUACCUUCAGAGAUCACCUGAGAAGACUACCCAUUCCGUAGCUCAGGACUGCUUAAAUAAAGUUUCCUACUGAUCCCUGUGCUAGCUCAGCACCUUUUAAAGGCAAAUUUGUGAAUGAUUGGGAAAUUAUGACAAAUACUGAUACUAUACCAAAUCAACGCAAAUAAAGCAAAUGUCAGUAAUUUUUUUUGUAUGUUGGUAAGAUAACUUGUUUUAUUGAUUCUUGGUGAUCUUUUAAAGUUUUAGCUUACUAGUCAUCAUUUUCACUAGAUAAUGUUUUUGGAAGAAGAGAAAACAGAAAAGCAUAUAAGGGAGAGAAGAGAAUCAUUUGUGAUAGCAGCCACAUACAAGAUUUCAUUUUGCGAGUUAUUUGAAAUCCUGUGUUAUGACUUUUAACGUUUUCUUCUGCUCCUAGGUUAUAAUGUCUUAAAUCAGUAGAAUUGAUUUGCUUAGCUAGCUUUCCUGAAAUUUGUUCUUGAAACCAACACAUUUCUUGAUAUAAGAGCUCAGAUCUUUUUCCUCCUGUGUAAAUAUAUAUAUAUAUAUAGCCUACCAUCUUCCUUUUUAUCUCUGGCUUGACAGUCUUUAAAAUCUUUCUGUGAUCUUAAUGAAUAUCAAACUGUCUGUAAGAUAUUUCUUCUGAGAUAGCUAAUGUGGGUUAUUCUUGAGGCCACUGAACUGCUUGAAAAUUUUCCAAGUAUUUGAUGUCCAGUAUGUUUAUGUAGAGUGAGCCUGACUUGAGCUUCUUGUGUUUCAUGGAUCACCCCAUCCUCUUUGUUUUAUUAAUUGUAUUGGGGUGGGGGCCACUGCUCAGCUUGUUGGAUCUUAGUUCCCUAACCUGGAAUCAAACCCUGGCCCCAAACAGGGAAAGCCCAAAAUCCAGCCACCCAGUUUCCCUCCCAGAAGCAGCUGGUAUUGCUGGUUAUUGUGCCUUAUUUCAGGGUCUGGAUAUGUAUACACACAUUUUUAUAUAUUUUCCCUCUACCCAACACUUGUAGUAUCAAUUAUAUUCACCCACACAAUGGAGUGUUACACAGCCAUUGAAAAUAAUGAGGCAGAUGUAUACGAACUGACUUGGAAAGGUAUAUGAUCAAAGGCACAAGAAAGGUGUAUACCUCUUUCAUUUCAUUUUUUUUAAUGCUUUAAAUAUAAUUUCAGUACCAUAAGAUUCACCCUUUAAAGUGUACAGUUUUCAGUGAUUUGAUUCCACAACAUUUCCAUCACCUUAAGAAAUCCCAUACUCCUCCCAUCUAGGUUUUUACAGUCUGUUGUUAAAAACCAAUCACGCUGCAGUGGAUAAGUCUUUUUUUUUUUUUUUUGGCUGUGUUGUGGGCGUGUUGGAUGUUAGUUCCCCAAUCAGGGUCAAACUCACGCCCCUAACCGCUAGGGAAGUCCCCUGCACCGGAUGGUCUUAUACACAUACCAUUUCACACUUGUGCAAGAAUAUUUGUAGGACAAGCACAUGCUAGGUGACAUGAUUCGUGCAUUUAAAAAUUUUAAAGUAGUUGCCCUCUCCAGAGUUUAUGCUCUCACUAAGUCAAGUCAAGUUGCUCAGUCGUGUCUGACUCUUUGCUGACUCUACUGCAUGGACUGUAGCCUACCAGGCUCCUCUGUCCAUGGGAUUUUCCAGGCAAGAGUACUGGAGUGGGUUGCCAUAUGCUCUCACUACCAGGGUGUAAAAGUCCCUCUUUUCCAUUUCCUGACUAGCAUAGUCCUUAACCAAACUUUAUCUUUGCCAAUCUGACAAAUAAUCUUAUCUCAUUGUAAUUUUCAUUUGCAUUCUCUUAUCCUAAGUGAGGGUGAUUACUUUUACAUGUUUAGGGGUUACUUGUCUUUCCUUUUUUUUGGACUGAUUUUUCAUACCCUUUGAUUUUAUACAGGGUAGCUGACCUUUUUAAAAAUAUGAGCUCUUUAUGUAUUAGGGAGAAAAGCUGCUUGUGAUAUGAACUUAACGUGUUUUCCCCACUUUUUGUUUUUUAGUCUUUAUUCAUUUUUUUUCUUUUAUCAUGCAGAAUUUUUAAAAAAAUUUUGUCAUCAAAUUUGGCAGACUUCUGCGUCUUGUAACAUACUUAGCCUUUUCCUACUCCAAGAUUAUAAAACAAAAUUCUCCCAUAUGUUUUUCUUAAACUGUAAGUCUCUUCUCAUCCCUCACCUGCCCCACCACGUUUAACUCUUAGAUCCAUCUGGAAUUUAUUUUUGUGUAAGAUAGGAGGUAUGGCUCCACCUUCUUUUCUCUAGAGGGCUAACGUUUUCUCCCACUGAUUUGAAAUGUCACUUUUACAUUGUCCUCUUGAUUAAGAACAGUGUGAGCAAUUUUAAAUAUUCGCUUUCACUCUUUAGGAGUGGUAGUCAGGGAUUUCCCUGGUGGUCCGUGCUUAAAACGUUGCACUUCUAAUGCAUGGGGCGCUGAUUCAAUCUUGGAUCAGGGAACCAAGAGCCCACAUGUGGUCAGGAAAUAAAAAUAAAUUAAUUUUUUUUAAAAAAAGUAGUAGUCAGGUGUUUGGGCAGUGCCUUCUGAUCUCUUGGGGCACCUAUAAGAACUGCAGUCCCCUUCUCUCCCUGCCAGAUCCUACUACUGCAAACUGCUAUCACCCAGGGGAUGUGUCUUACUCUAGUGUGUGAAACCAAGAAGUAGUUUGUAACCUCUGAUCUAGGGACUUCCUCUUGGAAGAGGGGCGGCCAGAGGCCCAUCUCCUGAAUCCAGAGUCAUUACUUUAAUGAGGGCUUCAACAAGAGCCCAGAAGUAAUGGGGGAAUCUUUCCAAAGAAAACUCAGCUCUUCACUUUGGAGUCAUCAGUUUCUAUCCUCAGGUUGUCUUUCUGUUUUAGAAUCCUAGUCAAUUUCUACACAGUCGUUCUGGUAGAUUUAUCUGAUGGGGCCAUCUGUCCUCCUGGGGAAAAAAAUACUGGCUUGGGCUGUGUUGUGACUGUGUUCUGACACCAUGUAGAACUGGGUGUGCAGAGGUAAGAGUCACCUCUUCUAAUCUGAAAGUGCUUAGUCAGAAAAGAGUGUGGCCCUUUAAAAGGUAGAAUUCUCAGAGUCGCUCUGACUAUAAAGGCUCGUGGCAUUCUACCGAAGGGGCGCUGGAGGAGAAGGUCUGUCUGGCAGGACUGAUGCCACGAGUAGGGUGGAUGUCGCCAACAAGUGUUCUGUCGGGUGUCUGGGCAGCCCACUUGCUCUCCUCUCCACCAGUGAUCCACUCAGAGGGAUAAUCCACCAGCAGCUGAACCCUGUCACCCACCAACGGGGAGGUCCCACAUGGGGGGAUACUUACCCCUUCCAGACCCUUCCUGAGGAAAGUAAGUUUCCUUCCAUGUGGCAGGAGUAAUUUUUAUAUUUGUUUGGCCUUGUGACCGAUGGGAUGGGAAGUGGAGAGGAGGUGGCAGUUUUAACCGAGAAAAAAAAACCUUAGUAGAAACUCUGCCUUCUUCGGGCGUGUCCCUCUUCUGGGCAUCUCUUCAGGAUUUCAUUCCUCCGUCCAACUGCCGUUCACAACUGCCCUUUCCAACGGCUCCAGAACUCUUGGCCUUGGCAUUCCGUGAUGUAAAUUAUUCCACGCAUGGCUCGAAAUGGGUGCGAAGCAAUGUUGCCAGGUGUCGGAUCACUAGUUUGUCAUGGAUGAUGAUGACGACUCGUGUCUCCUUGAUCUUAUUGGAGACCCACAAGCAUUGAACUAUUUUCUACAUGGACCUAGUAAUAAAUCGAGCAAUGAGGACUUGACUAAUGCAGGAUAUUCUGCAGCCAAUUCAAAUUCGAUUUUCGCCAACUCUAGUAAUGCUGAUCCUAAGUCAGCCCUCAAAGCUGUAAGCAGCCAGCUUGGAGAAGGGCCCAGUGAUGGACUGCCACUUUCAAGUAGCCUUCAGUUUCUCGAAGAUGAACUUGAGUCUUCUCCUCUUCCUGAUCUCAGUGAGGACCAACCUUUCGACAUUCUUCAGAAAUCCUUGCAGGAGGCCAAUAUCACUGAACAGACAUUGGCAGAAGAGGCAUAUCUGGACGCCAGUAUAGGUUCGAGCCAACAGUUUGCACAAGCUCAGCUUCAUCCCUCUUCAUCAGCAUCCUUUACUCAGGCUUCUAAUGUUUCUAAUUACUCAGGUCAGACACUGCAGCCUAUAGGGGUGACUCAUGUGCCUGUUGGCACAUCGUUUGCAAGCAAUACGGUGGGUGUGCACCAUGGCUUUAUGCACCACGUGGGGAUCAGUGUGCCCAGCCAGCAUUUGUCUAAUAGCAGUCAGAUUAGUGGUUCUGGUCAAAUACAGUUAAUUGGGUCAUUUGGUAAUCAACCUUCCAUGAUGACUAUUAAUAACCUAGAUGGAUCACAAAUAAUACUAAAGGGUAGUGGGCAGCAAGCCCCCUCAAAUGUGAGUGGAGGGCUUCUCGUUCACAGACAGACUCCUAAUGGCAACUCCUUGUUUGGGAACUCCAGUUCCAGCCCAGUAGCACAGCCUGUUACUGUUCCGUUUAACAGCACAAAUUUCCAAACAUCUUUACCUGUGCAUAACAUCAUCAUACAAAGGGGUCUUGCACCAAAUUCAAAUAAAGUCCCAGUUAAUAUCCAGCCAAAGCCUAUCCAGAUGGGUCAGCAAAACACAUACAAUGUGAACAACUUGGGAAUACAACAGCACCAUGUUCAGCAAGGGAUCUCGUUUGCCUCUGCAAGCUCACCCCAGGGCUCAGUGGUUGGUCCGCACAUGUCCGUGAACAUCGUAAACCAACAGAACACAAGGAAGCCCGUCACCUCGCAGGCUGUGAGCAGCGCCGGGGGCAGUAUCGUUAUUCAUUCUCCCAUGGGCCAGCCUCACACACCCCAGAGUCAGUUCCUCAUACCUACAAGCCUUUCUGUCAGUUCCAACUCGGUACACCACGUCCAGACCAUCAAUGGGCAGCUUCUUCAGACUCAGCCCUCUCAGCUCAUUUCCGGCCAGGUGGCCUCAGAGCAUGUCAUGUUGAACAGAAACUCUUCCAACAUGCUCAGGACCAAUCAACCAUAUUCUGGACAGAUGCUGAACAACCAGAGUGCCGCCGUCCAGUUAGUGUCUGGGCAGACAUUCGCCACCUCCGGAAGCCCGGUGAUUGUCAACCACGCCUCUCCUCAGAUCGUCGGCGGACAGGUGCCUUUGCAGCAGGCAUCACCCACCGUCUUGCACCUGUCCCCUGGGCAGAGCAGCGUCUCCCAAGGAAGACCUGGCUUCACCACCAUGCCCUCGGUGACAAGCAUGGCAGGACCUAGUCGGUUCCCUGUUGUCAGUUCGUCCAGCACUGCCCAUCCUAGUCUUGGGUCUGCGGUUCAGUCUGGUGCAUCAGGAUCAAACUUUACGGGAGAUCAGCUGACCCAGCCCAACAGGACUCCAGGACCGGUCAGCGUGUCCCAUCGUCUUCCAGUUCCUUCUUCCAAGUCUACCAGCACCUUCAGUAACACACCUGGAGUAGGAAGCCAGCAACAGUUCUUCUGUCAGGCUCAGAAAAAAAGCUUGAAUCAGACUUCCCCCAUUUCUGCUUCCAAGACCACAGAUGGCCUGAGGCCAGCGCCCAUGCCAGGCCUCUUGAGCACCGCACUGCCAGGGCAGGAUUCUGGAAGCAAAGUUAUACCAGCGUCCUUAGGAACCACACAGCCCCAACAGGAAAAAGUCGUUGGAUCACCUCCUGGCCAGCCAACGGUGCAGGUGGAUGGUCCCGUGGGAGGACAGAAGAGGCCCGCUGCCAAACAGCUGACUAAAGGAGCUUUCAUUCUCCAGCAGUUACAGAGGGACCAAGCCCUUGCGGUGACGCCUGACAAAAGCCAGUUCCGGUCACUUAGUGACGCGGUGCAGAGGCUGCUCUCCUAUCACGUGUGCCAGGGCUCCAUGCCCACGGAGGAGGACCUGAAGAAAGUUGACAAUGAAUUUGAAACAGUCGCCACUCAGCUCCUGAAAAGGACCCAAGCUAUGCUUAACAAGUACAGAUGCCUGCUCUUGGAGGACGCCAUGCGGAUCAACCCCUCCGCUGAGAUGGUGAUGAUCGACAGAAUGUUCAACCAGGAGGAAAGAGCUUCUCUGUCCCGGGACAAGCGUCUGGCACUCGUAGACCCCGAGGGUUUUCAGGCUGAUUUCUGUUGUUCCUUCAAACUCGAUAAAGCUGCCCAUGAGACGCAGUUCGGCCGGAGUGACCAGCAUGGUGGUAAAACAACAAGUUCUGUGCAUCUGACGGCCAAGGCCCAGAGCAGAGACCGAGGCAAAGCAGGCCUGGCAGAACCAACGAAUCAUGACCAGUUUCAUCUAGUGCCUAAUCACAUCGUGGUCUCCGCAGAAGGAAACAUUUCUAAAAAAACCGACUGCCUCGGCAGAGCACUGAAAUUUGACAGAGUGGGCUCUGCUCAGUACCGGAGCGCAUCUGAAGAGAAAACCAGCCGGAGAGACUCCACAAAAGGCAGCGAGUGCUCCCCCGGCCCUGAAGGCCACCGGAAAAACUUAUCCAGAGCAGAUCACGGUCCUGACAGCAAACUCUCAAGCCUCCUCGUAGAUUCGCACCUGGAGAUGACCUGUAAUAGCUCCUUCCAGGACAAGACACUGCGGAAUUCUCCAAAGAAUGAAGUUUUACACACAGACAUCAUGAAGGGAUCAGGCGAGCCCCAGCCCGAUCUCCAGCUCACUAAGAGUUUAGAAACGACAUUUAAGAACAUUUUGGAACUCAAAAAGGCUGGGCGGCAGUCCCAGAGUGACCCCACGGUUAGCGGCUCUGUCGAGUUAGAUUUCCCCAACUUUUCUCCAAUGGCUUCACAGGAAAACUGCCUGGAAAAGUUCAUCCCGGACCACAGUGAAGGCGUCGUAGAAACUGACUCUAUUUUAGAAGCAGCUGUAAAUAGUAUCCUAGAGUGUUAAUAGCGCAGUCCUCCCUGCACCCGCCCCGAGACCCCGCCCCGGACAAGUUACAUUCUUUCCUGGCAAAAGCAAUGGAAACGGUCUCCUGUCUCCAGCCUGCUUGAUCUUUCAUCACAGGUUAUUCUUUCUAAUUUCAAUCCCAUUCUUUGUUUAAGAGCAAUACUCGUGGUUACAGGGAGAUCUUUCAGUAAAGCUGAUCGUUACUAGAAAGCAGUCUGAUAGGCCCUAUACAUUUCAAGUGUUUUCAAAGUGCUUAUCGUCAUUUUUUUGUUUUUGUUUUUUCCCCAAACACUGUAAUUCAAUGAGAUCACAGUACACUUGGCCCUAGGUAAAAUUCUGACAAUCAUAAGUCAUUUGAAAAGAACAGACUUUAUUACAGAAAAUCAAACAGGACUGUUAGAAGAUACUUUUUAAAGAAUAUCCCCACUGUAUCUCCAAAUUUGGGCUUUGAGGGGGGUGGGUCUCGGGGUGGUCAUGGGCCAGGAGACCGCACGGCUCUCCCCCCGGCCAUCUGUGAGCAGUUAGCCCCGGCUGCUCUGCUGGGACCCACAGCCCCGGCCUGAGCACCUGGAGCGCACAGCAGGGCUUCCUGUUCAUCCAAGUGCUUUUCUGAUGCCCCCUGAGCAAAAGCUCACCUCUUCAGCAUAUCCACGUUGAAUUUCAUCUAGGGAAAACUUUGUUUUGAGUUGCGACAGCAUGACUUGAGAUAAUCUCACCAGGCAAAAUAAAGGAAAAAUGGAAACUAGAUAAGUGGCACGUGUAUGGGGGAGGCCAGGAUCGAGCCUUGAGGAAUAUAAUAUGUAUAUAUGUAAAAGCAUAUAUAUUAUGUUCACUGUUGAGAAAAAAACAAGCGUUUUGCAUUCUACAAUUGGAUCUCGUCAACAUACAAUGUAUGUUUCUGUUGGUUGCUGGGUUUUGUUUCAUUCAACCUCUCUUUGCACCCCCUCCCACAACAAAUAGCCAAGCGUCAAAAGCACUUUCAUUUGAAAACUGUGUUAUAAUUUUUCAGUUUAAAUGUUAAGGGGACUUUGGCCUUGUUUCUGCUUCUUGUUGUCUGAGAACAGUAGUCACACCCCCCGGCAGCAAUCAUUACCAAAACAUAGACAAACCAAAGGUAACCAGCCAGCCCACCACUGAAGGAAAGAUCUGAGACCCGGAUGCCCACUGGAGAGCCAAAGGACACGCCCCGUCACAGUUUCUGUUUGGCCCAUGUUCAUGUUCAUCGAUGUGACUUAUUGCUUUAUUUAUUUAUAUUUCUUUUCAGGGAGCUUUCCCUAUUUUCCUUUCUUGUACACCUGCCCCAGGUCCUCCCAUUUCUGUCGUCCCUUUCAUUCUCAAGAUCACUGCAACCGUCAGUGUCCCCUAGCACUGGGAACGCUACACGUGGCAUUCCGUGUGCACUGUCUGACAUACGUGUGUGCGUGUGUCUGGGCUGUUCAGGUACAGAGGUUAUUUUGGCUACAGCAUGUACACAGUCACCCUCCCUCUUAUGUGGACAGGCUCUCAUCUCUUCUGUCCACCUCUCUGGCUUUAGAGGAGUUCCCACUGGUCUUCACUCGAACACGUUGCCAAGAUCUACUUCUGGCCUUCCCCAAAAUGAGGACAACCCCCUGUCAUCAUGUUGGGCAUUUCUUUUCUGAAUUGGCCGGCAAUGGAAAGGAGGGCUUCUGAUUGCUAUAAAACACAACAACAGAAGACCUAGACUCUCCCUGCCCCUGAGUGCCCCACCCCCCAACACACAGAGAAAUCCUGGGAGACCGCCAGGAUUCACAAAAGCAAAAUACCUUCUCCCCACUCCCACCCCUGAGCCAAUAGAAACCGGAAAAUCUGGGCCAUUUCACGGUUGCCAUGUUUUCCUUAUUUGUGCCAAUGUCCCAAGUUGCAAAUUUCCCCUUUUUCCCCAUAUUGUAACAUAUUAGAAAGAUAAGUUGGUAUUGCCAGUUGGAACUUUCUGUUUGGGCAGCCCUGGGGUAACACCCUGCUCUGAACCCCUUGAUGUCACAGGCUCUUCUUUUAGGGCUCAUGCUCCCCUAAUUACUAGCAAGACUUAAAGGUGGUUCCUCCUGAUCAAAUUCUUCUCAUUGUGGAAAUUUAUACCUGGAAGCCUUCUUGGAGGCUACUAAUGAGUUACAUUAAUUACCAAAUCAGUGGAAUUCUUAAGAGACAAGAUAGAUUCAUGUGUAUUUGUCACCUCUCUUCUUCCCUACCCUGCCCUGCUACCCCAGUCCCAGCUUUUCAAUAUACCAUCUUAAAGGGAUUUUUAAAGACUUGACACUUGUCUAGAAAACGGAGAGCCUAAUUUACCAAAAUGAAACUUGUAAAUUUUUGUGUCCUUGUAUGUAAGUUUACUUUUAACGGAGGAAAGAUUCUAGAUAAUGACAAAUGACGAUUACGAAAUGUAUUUUAUUCCUGUGAUUAGGUCAUAACUCGCAUGUCGAGGCCCCUCUGGUGGAGGGUGAGAGCUCAGCCUCGGAUGGCCAACAUUCAGUUGUUAAGGUUCAUUAGUCAAAGUUAAGUUUUAGAGCUACUCGUACUCAGUAACAAAAAUCAUUUUCUUUUUUUUUUUCUUUCUGUUGUUGUGGAAGAGUGUGAAUUUGUUAUUAAGCAUUUGAUUUUCUGUGUCCUUAAGUACUGCCUAAAGAUAAAGCAAAUUUUAAACUGGCAAUUACGAAAAAGAACUAUUUUAGUGCUGAAGAAUUUAGUAGACUUUGUUAGAUUAGGGAGGCCUUACAGACUGACUUGACUUAAAGAGGACGCGUCACUCACUGUCAGUGUGGUGUGGGCUUUAUUUGCUUAAAUACCUUCAUUUGUAUAGUAUGUCUCACUUGAAAUUGCUUUGUAUACAUUUUGUAAAAAUAUUUAUAAAAUGUUUUGUAAAAAAAAGUAUAACAAAUUGCAGUUUAUUUUGUUAUGUUGGAUAAAUACUGUUAAAAGAAACCAGUCAGUAACUAUAUUGUUAAUCCAUGGUUAGGAAAUGUUUAGUUGGAGAUUACAAAAUGAAACAACCAUUGCAAUACAGCCAAAGAUUUGGGAAAAUG